AUGGCUAACACAAACGCAGACUUCUUCGGUGGCAACUCUACAAAAGCCACCUCUGGUAUCAACGGUGCACUCACCCGAACUCAAGUCGAUCUCGGCAUUCAAGAUAGUGUGAAGCAAUUUUACGAGGAUACGCUCAAGUCAGCCCGUGACAAGGCCAGACCAGAUCUCAUCCGAGUGCUCACAUACCAAUCCGCGGCUGCCGUGGAAUGGCUUCAGGAUGUCUUCAAUCUCGACCUGACUCUUGUUUCUCGAUUGGGCGGUCACUCCUUCCCCCGAACCCACCGAGGACAUGAUGCGAAAUUCCCCGGUAUGGCAAUCACCUAUGCUCUGAUGCAAAGACUAGAAGAGCUAUGCGAGUCGGACCCUGAGAGAGUUCAAGUCAUCAAGAAGGCCAAGGUCACGUCUUUGAACACAGAGGGCAACCUGAUCACCGGUGUUACCUACGAAUAUGACGGAGCGUCGCACUCGGUGGAUGGCGUAGUCGUUCUGGCCACUGGCGGAUAUGCGGCCGACUUCACAGAGACAUCCCUUCUCAAGAAGCACAGACCAGACACGUUCAAUCUGUCUUCGACCAACGGCACACACGCCACUGGUGACGGGCACAAGAUGUUGAUGGCAAUUGGUGCAAAUGACAUUGACAUGGACAAGGUUCAGGUCCACCCUACCGGUCUAGUCGAUCCUAAGGAUCCCAACUCCAAGUGGAAGUUUUUGGCUGCUGAGGCCCUGCGAGGUGAAGGUGGUGUUCUGCUCAACAGCGACGGCCAACGAUUCUGUGACGAUCUCGGUCACCGUGACUACGUCUCUGGCAAGAUGUGGGAGGAGAAGGAGAAGGGCAAAUGGCCCAUUCGCCUGGUUCUCAACUCCAAGGCCUCCAAUGUCCUUGAUUUCCAUACCCGGCACUACUCCGGUCGUGGCUUGAUGAAAAAGAUGACCGGCAAGGAGCUGGCCAAGGAGAUCGGCUGCGGUGAGGCUGCGCUGGACAAGCAGUUCAAGGAGUACAACGCUAUUGCCAAAGGCGAAAAGAAGGAUCCGUGGGGAAAGAAAUAUUUCCACAACAUGCCCAUGGACAUCAACGACACUUUCCACGUUGCACUGAUGGAGCCUGUGCUGCACUUUACCAUGGGUGGUAUGGAGAUCAACGACAAGGCCCAAGUGCUCAACAGGGAACAUAAACCCUUUGAAGCUCUCUUCGCCUGUGGUGAACUUGCAGGCGGCGUUCACGGUGCCAACCGUCUCGGUGGCUCCUCACUGUUGGGCUGUGUGGUCUACGGGCGUGUUGCAGGUGCAUCGGCGUCUCAAUACCUGUUGCAGAAGCUUACCACCCAGGGAGGUGCCGCCGGAGCCUCUCAGCGUCUGGGUCAGAUCUCGCUACAUAUUGAUCCCAGCACUCCCGGGAAGAUCUCAGUGGAAUGGGGUAGUGGUAGUGGAUCCUCGGGACCCUCAGCAAGGACUGAGACAAUCUCACAGCAAGCCCAAAAGAGCGCGGCUCCGGUGAUGGACGGUGACAAGAGCCAAGAUCCUGGCAAGAAGAAGGAUGUCAACGACAUCAGUAACUUCAAGGUCCCAGAGCAAGAGUACAGUCUGGAGGAGGUCGCCAAACACAACAAGAAGGAUGACCUGUGGAUUGCCGUCAAGGGUGUCGUGAUGGACGUCACCAACUGGCUCGAUGAGCAUCCAGGUGGUCCCCAAGCGCUGUUCAGCCACAUGGGCAAAGAUGCUACAGAAGAGUUCGAGAUGCUUCACGACGACGAAGUGAUUCCGAAAUAUGCAGCUGACAUUGUCAUUGGCCGCGUCAAGGGUCAAGAAGUUCGACUGGAAUAUUAG